GGAAUUUUGAAAAAGGUAAACAAAAAUUUCCGACUGAAAUUUGUUAAAAACGAUUAAAAACUUAAAAAACUUAAUUUUUUCAAGAAAUUUUUCAAAUUUUUACUUCAAAAAAUCAUUUUUUCUGAAGUAUUAAAAGUGCUGCGAUAAAAAAUCAUCAAAAAAUGGGAGAUGAAAAUGAGAAUUCUUGUGAUAAGUUUGAUGAAGUCAAGCCAGAUAAAAUGUUCACAUUGAAGAAAUGGAAUUCAGUAGCGAUGUGGUCAUGGGAUGUAGAGUGCGAUACUUGCGCAAUUUGUCGUGUUCAAGUAAUGGACGCAUGUUUACGCUGCCAAGCGGAAAGCAAGAAGGAUGUCGGUCGCCAAGAUUGUGUCGUUGUCUGGGGCGAAUGUAACCAUUCCUUCCAUCAUUGCUGUAUGUCGUUAUGGGUGAAGCAAAAUAAUCGUUGUCCAUUAUGUCAACAAGAGUGGUCCAUUCAACGAAUGGGAAAAUAAAAAAAUUCUCUAAAUUAAUUGAAAAUUUCCUCAUUUUUUGUUAUUAUCGGAAAAAUAAAUAAAUUAAA